UACGUGACCCCAAGGACGCCAAGGACCACCGAUCCAUUAUUUAGUAAUCCGUGGCCGUCGGCAAGGUGUCGCGGGUUUUUGGCGGUAUUGAGUAGGGGUUAUGAAAAGGCAGUGGGGUUUGGUUGUGUCAGUAUUUAAGUUUGCAACGCGUAAAAUUCCAUAAUCUACCAUCAGUACUGCAUGUGCUUACUUAAGCAUGCCUCCGAAACAUCGGAAUCGAAAAUGUUCCCUCAAGGACUCCAAAUGCGGUGAAGGCGGUGCUGGCAAACUUCGCAACGUUUGUAAAACAAAAUGCGGAGGCGAUGAUUUGAAAAUAAAAGUGAGGAACAGAUGCCAGCACAAUAUUGUAAAUAGUUUGGAAUGCGUUAAAAGAGGCUGCAAAGCGACAAACUUGUUGCAUAAGGCAGGUCGUGAUGUACUGAUUGAGAACAUAUCAUUAUUUUCUUUGUAUAAGAGUAUUUCUCCAUUUGAUCGCCGUAUCACAGUCAUUGAAUGGCAUCCAAAAUAUCCGGAAGUGUUAGCAGCAGCAUCAAAAGGUGGAGAUAUUCUCGUAUGGAACUAUGGAACAACUGUAGCUCAGCAACUGAUGAUAAGAGGAAAGGGAGCUGGUGGAUCAGUGCAGGGCGUCAAGUUUCACCCACAGAAGGAAAUGGAGAUGUAUACCAUAGCAAUGGAUGGCACUCUUUGUGCUUGGAACUACCUACAUAAAACCUGCAAGAUAUUCCUUCAAAUAAAUGAUUAUAGUAAAUGGUACACAGGUCUUGAUGUUUGCUUCUCGGGUGGCCACUUGGUUGCAGGUGAUAAUUGUGGUUUUCUCACUGUGCUUUCAUUAGAUGGACGGAAGAUGUGGGAAGGAAGAUUACACAAGAAUAAGAUUACUCAUGCUGAGUACCAUCCUAGGGAGACAUGGCUUCUAACCACAGCUUCUAUUGACCGGACUGUGAAAAUGUGGGACAUGCGGUUUUUGAAAGGAAGAGAUAGUGUGCUGACUGUUUUGAACCAUGACCAAGCUGUGAACUCUGCAUAUUUCAGCUUAACAGACAGUUCACAUUUGUUGACCACUGAUCAGCAUAGCCAGUUGCGAAUUUACAGGGCACCACUGUGGCAGUUGCAGAAUAUUAUUCCACAUCCACAUCGCCAGUUUCAACAUCUCACACCAAUUAAGGCAACUUGGCACCCUCUGGAAGAUAUUGUGGUAGUAGGGCGCUACCCAGAUGAAAAGUUCAGUGGUUAUGUACCUGGAGAGUUACGUACAAUUGACUUCUUUGAUGCGGACAUGGGAACUUACAAGUAUGGACUGAGUGAUCAAGGCAUCGGUGGUAUUAUCAGCCUCAAUCGAUUCAACAUCCUGGGAGACACAUUGGCUUCUGCCAUGGGUUUCAACAUUCUCAUAUGGCAACCAGAUAGGACCAGUGACCUGAAACAUUAAAAUCUACAGAAGAAAAUAAGUUGAUUUCAGAACAGAAUGAGGAUGAUUUAGAUCUGGCCUUGAGGGUGAUGAAAGUAAACCCUUGUAAAGGCAUAAGAUAACUACAUUCCAUCAACAGUGUUUUGCAAUCUUUUGCGUGUUGUGUUCUGGCAGGUCAAUUUAUCAAACUGUAUAGUCCCAACAUAGUAGAACAGAGUUAAUCUUUUUCAAAGAAGUGUAUUUCCAAAGUUAUGUAAAUUUUACUAAUUGUUAAUUGUUAAGUUCUUAAGAUCUGCAAGAUGUUUUAUUACUAUAGUUAUAUAAAUUUUGUUGGCAGAAAUGUGCUUAUAGUAUAGCACUAAUGAUAAGUUUAUGCUUACGGUCCCAUGAAGUUUUUGUGUGACUGAAUUAAUUAAUUACUUUGGAUACCUCUUAUUCCACUAUGUUGACCAUAAAGUCUCACUAGUUGAGAAACACUGCUGUACAAGGUUUGGAAAUGUAGAGAUUACUUUGAGUCUUGCAGCUCAGCACAAUAAAUCAUUGUGUUGUUUAUAAAAGCUGGAAACAUACUGUUUAUUUUUUUUUUUCCAAAAAAGGCGGUAUUUCCUUUAGUUCACUCCUCAGCUUUUAAGUUAUGUCUAUAAUAUAGAACUAAAAGAGUUAUUUCAGUUCUUUUUUAAAAGUUUUCCUACAUAUAGCUGAAUCUAAAUAUCCUUUUGUGAUGAAAGGUAGUUCUGCAACUAGUUACAUUACUGAUUGGCACAGUAUAUGAUAUUCUUUCAUUUUGGGUCUGAUUAUAUCUCCAGUACAUUGAACAAGCUUGGACAUAACAGUUGGCAAUACCAAAAAUAACAGACUGUGAACAAGGAGUUCCAAGAAGAACUCGUGAAGUCGGGUUUCAUAUUACAUAGAUUUCUAGUCCUUGUAUCUGUUACGGCCAUAGUGUUAUUUUACUUUUGUGAAGAAUUUGUUUCUUAAAUGUAGAUUUUGUCUGCAUUAAAUUUUUCAGAUAUGACAUUAAAAUUUGGACUCUCUCCAAAUUUGUAAUUCUUCUCUUACAGACAAAUUUCAUAUGUGAUCGGAAGGUAUGUUUAUAUACCUGCCCAUUGUAUAUGAAAUUUGUUACUGAAUAAUUACAGAUACCAGAUUCCAUAUGCCUGCCUCCAUUUACUUGUUAGUUAUUAUCAUCAUACUGAAAGCUGAAGAUGAUGUUCACAUUAAUGCCAUAUUGUUACUUUACAUCCCAUAAAAACUUACGUUAAGAGAAGUUGUAUGCUUUUUAAAGAUCUAUUGCUGUAUGUCAUUUCAGGAUUUUUUAUAACCAUUAUGUUGGCUUUAGAAUUGCCUCCACUGGCAUAAUAUUCAUGUCAAGUUUGUUGAAAAUGAAGCAACUGUUUCAGACAUUAAAAAGGACAUACCCACAAAUACAGAAUGAUGAUUUCAUAAGCCAACUUUCUUUCCAUGAAAAGUACACUAAAAGUGAAUGUAUACUUUAAAAACAGUGUAUUAUUUUCACAAAAUAUUUGUGCAGUAAUUGAAAAUUUCUAUAACUUUAUGCUGCAGAUUUUUUAGAGCUUUCCACAAAUCAUGAACCUCUCAGGCAGGAGAGUCAUCAAGUUGUGUGGGGAAAUUUGGCUUCUAGUCAAACCAACAAACCUACAGCCUAGAUACAUUACAAAUAAAAUGAAUCCAGGUUAUGGCAAAUAGUAGAAAUCUCUCUAUUGUUGACAGGAGAAUGUUUGAACCUAACAGUAAUUUCUCUUCAGUUUUGGCCCAGUAAAUUAUCGAAUGGCUACAAUGAAGAACACUUAUGCAUUUUACACUAGACACAUAUCCCAUGCUGCUUCAGAUUGUCCAUUGUACUUUGUACUUUCACACAGAGAAGCUAUUCAUUGAACUGUUAAUAAAGGGUGGUUACUAGAGGACACCCCCACCCCCAAAAUAUAUAAUACAUGUGUGUUUUCAUGUAUAGUGAAAUGCCAAGUGUUCAUUGAAGAGAAAUGAAAUGAAAACUAUGCUAGGCCCAGAGGUACUCUUCAGAAAUCACUCAGAUGCCUUGUGCAGGAGACCAGGGUGUAAUGUUUGAAGAGUACUAUCUUUUGGGAUGUAGUCCAUUGAAAGUCAGCUGACGUUUCGGAGGAACAUAUCACCUCCAUCUUUAGAGUCGAAUAAGCCAAUCAAGAUACCAGUGUGAAAGGAUGCCACCUUUCACUCUUGUAUCUUGUUUGGCUUGUUCGACCCUGAUGAUGGAAGCGAUAUAUUCCUCCAAAACAUCAGUAGACUUUCAGUGGACUACAUGGUGUUACAUCUCAGAAGACAGUACUCAUAACCACUGCUGUGAGAACCUCAGUUCCUACAUGUGGUAGUUUUGUUUAUAAUGUGUUUAAGCUGUAGUGUAUUGUUUCUGCUAGCAGAUACAAAGAGCAUUUGGCUUUUCUACCUCAGAGGUUCAACAAUUUGUGAGGCACUAUAAAAUAUCUCGUUGUACUAGUUUAUGUGGCAGGAUAAUUUUCCAAAGUGAGACACCUAUAUUGAAACUCCCAUUUCAGUUCUCCACCACAGUAUUUAUUUCAGGCUUGUGAUCUCUUUAUUGAUGGCUUACCUGUUGAAAUGUACAAACACCAUCAGAUGUUCAUCAGCCUGUGCUAGUACUCAUAUGCCAGUGUUCUUGUAUGUAGGCUAAUAUUAUCAUUUAUUUUCUUGUACUUUUGUCAUUACUAAUUUCUGUAUGUAAAAUUUAGUGAACAGUUUACAUCACUGUUUCCUGAAUAGUGUUAUGCAUAGUGAUUCUGAGGUUUUAGAAAUAAUUUUCUAGAAUGGCAGAUGUUAACCAUCACAGCCAUGCUAUAAAUAAUUUCAAUUAAAAGUAUAAAUUUGAAACAUAUUUGUGUUUCCAGUCAGUCCUUUAAUAUUGUUAACAACAGGAAAUGUAUUUAAAUGUGUAGUGUAUGCCUCUGCAAGAUUAUUAGCACCUAACUGAUAUGUCUAAUUAGAAAGUGAAGGAAAGAUUCAGUCUAGUAUUAACAUCUGAAGCUCUGCACCAAGCAAGAAACCAGCAGAAGCAGUCAGCAGAUAAAGCUAAGCUAUGCUGAACUUGCUUUCUUCUGUUUUCUCACUUGGCUUAUUCUUUGACCCUGAAAGUUGUGGAAGUUUGUUGUUUCAAAACAUCAGACUGUGUCCUAAUUACAUAGGAUUACAACCCAGAAUACUCUACAAGUGUGAACAGUCUUAUUCCUUUAAUUUAUUAUUUAUUCUGUUUUUCUGGUUGUAAAUAACAAUGUUAAUAUUAUUCUGAGGAAGGGUGAAAAUUUAUUCACACUUUGAAUGUGAAAUUUUCUGAACACAUUAAUAAA